GCGCCACUGACCACUAAUGCUACCGACGCAACAUCCUACGAUUGCAAGCAGGAGCCGCCGUUACCACGAUGUCGUUCUUCAAAGCGCCCUCAUGGGCGAAAACGCAAUCGAAACCCGACAGCGACGAUGAGGACGAUGACCAGGACUUGUUCAGUCACAGCAAGAACUUCAUGGCAAUUCAACGCGACAGACUGGAGCAGGAGAAGCGAAAAAAGGAACGAGCAAAGCAGAAAGAAGAGGAGAAAGCGCAGCGGCGCAAAAACAAGGCUGCGAAGACGGACAGUAAGAGUGGAGUCAAACGGGAGAGCCUCGAGCGUAAUUCAAAGAAUGAGCCUGUCAAAAAGAGGCGCAUCAAUUCAGAAGAGAGUGCAAAGCUUUUGGCGUCUGUUGGAAUCAAGCCGGUGACGAUCGACAGCGAUACCGAGGACGAACAGAUUGUGUACGAGCCAGAGGACUCGCUGCCUAUUCGCCGAUCGCCGACAACCAAACGUACGAAGGACGCCAUUGCUGGAGGCAGAAGUCGGAGUACGCUGGGGAGAACAGAGCAAGACCCAGAAACAGAGAGUGAAGUGGAGAUUGUGAAGAGCACUACAAAGCCGGCACCGGUGGUGGAGGAGGAAGAGGAAGAAGAUUCAGACCCAGAGAUCGCAGCCCUACAGAGAAAGGCUAGGGAGAAGCACCGAUUGAAGAAGCAGCAAGAAGAGCUCAGGUCGGCGACUCCGGGUGCAGGUAACUCGGAGGGAGACAAUAUGUCAGGGCUACCCACGCCUCCUCCACCCGACCCCAUCAUCUCGCUCUUUAUAACAACGGACAUACCAGACGCAGUGGAGCUCCUGGUCAAACGAAAGAUGUCACAGGAUCUGGGCACAGUCCGGCGGGCUUGGUGUGGGAAGCAAGGAUUUCCUCAGGAUUUCAGUGACAAGGUCUUCUUCACUUGGAAUGGAAUACGCAUGUAUGACUUCACCACCUGCAAGCGACUCGGACUCGAGGUCGAUUCAGAAGGGAAUGUCGCGCGCGCAGAUCAACGGGAUGCCGAUGGAGCUGCGCAAGUUCAUGUUGUGGCCACAACUCAGGAGCUGCUGGAUAAGCAGAAAGCCGAGAAACUACGGCAAGCGAAGGCUGAGAGCGCUCAGUACGAGCCCGAGGUCGAAACUGAGCCAGCUGCUGAGGAAGAGCAGCAGAAGAGAAAGGGCGUGAAAGUGAUUGUGCGAGGAAAAGAUCAGCGGCCUGUCAACGUGGAGGUGUUUUCGACUACGAAGAUCUCCAAGAUCAUCAACUACGCGAAGAAGCGGAUGGGCGUCUCAGCUGACCAGCCCGCAUAUCUUUCCUUCGAUGGAGAUCGCCUCGACCCGGACGAUGUAGUCGGCAACACGGAAAUGGAGGAUUUGGAAAACGUCGACCUCGUUCUCGGCGAAUGAUUACAACCCCGUCAAAGCCAUUUUUCGCCCCAUGCGGUGUACUCUCUGACUCGACAGGAUUUUCCCACGCGAUGGCCUGGACUGUCGAGAAUCCGACAGUUUGGACACCGACAGGCACGACCAUUUGCUUGGGACGAGACUCCACGAAUGAUACGAUCUACGACCUUGCUCACGGAUGAUGCGUUGGACGGAGUCACGGAGGUCCUGCAGUCAUUCAUGCACGCGAGCGUGCUCAUCCUUGUUCGAAGAGGUACACGAGGCUUGCAGGCUUGCGUGCUCCAUCCUUCACCGCUCUUGUAUAUUACAACCACCACGUUCUUCGCCACAUGAUACCCAGAUAGUAGUACGACGCAAACACGAAAGAGAUGAAUGAACAAUG